UACCUCGGCGUUGGUUGUUGGAUGAUUGGUACAGGUGCGACCAUGCACCUGCUCAAUGGCAUUUACCUCUUCAACAAUCCUGACCAUGGUCCUCCGCUUGUUGGACAAACCAUCUCCUUUUUGGAUAAUACUGGCAUUCUUCAUUUCGACCCGCUCGCCUUUGAGCGAACACCAGACUUCGGUGCUUCCAUCCACGGCUUCGGUCAGGGCAACAAACUCCAGUUCUUCUACGAGGUGAACAAUUGGGUGUACGCUGGUAGCACUCUUAGGUGGCUACUCGGACAGCGACUUCACAAUGACAAAGACUCCGUAUCGGCACUACAUCGCUUACUCUGGCCCUGCUCCUCUAUCUUCUCCUCCCGCGCAGUGCCUCUUGACUGCUCCAGUCUGCACUGCUCUUGUCUCUGACUCCAUCUCUGCAUCUACGACGUCAAGUGAGGCGCCUCCCGCCACCACGCUUACGACGGCUAUUCCUACCACGACUAGCGAAGGAUCCCCAAUCUCUUCGCUUUUGGGCUGCUUUCAAGACUCUGCCCAAUUUGGCGGCGUUCGCACAUUCAAUGGUCCCUCCUACGUUGACACGAAUGGCCUGACCAACCAGGCCUGUGCAUCAUUCUGCACCAGCAAAGGUUUCCCUAUUUCCGCAACUGAGUACAGUCAAGAGUGUUAUUGCGGCGGCGACGUUCCAACAACUGGCUCUGCCGUGUGCAGUAAGCCUUGUUCUGGUGACCCUACACAGGUCUGUGGAGGAGAUUGGGCCUUGUCAGUAUCAAGGACAUCUAAUGUGCCAGUCAAUUCUGUCUCAUCAGCUCCCUCUCCCAAUGUCACGGCUAUCGACUACAUCCCAUUCAAGUACGAUGGCCAACUUGCUGGUUGCUUUGCUGAUGCUGCCGAGACGGGUGGCGUCAGAACACUGUCUGGAGCCACUUAUCGAGACUCGAGCUCUUUGACCAACGAAAAGUGCGCCAACUUUUGUGGCGAAAAGGGCUUUGCGUACUCUGGCACUGAAGAUGGUCAGGAGUGCUGGUGCAGCAGUACGCUGCCUACAGUCAGCUCUACGCGCUGCGAUGCAGCUUGCAAGGGCAACACUACACAGACUUGCGGUGGACCAUGGGCGCUGACAGUCACCAUCAAUCAAGCCAUUGUGGAGCAGAGCAGCAGUGCUACGCCCUCUCAACCGCCUUACACUGCGCUAGGCUGUUUUGCAGAUAGCGUGAAUGCACGCGUCUUCGGUGGCUUCAGCUACACGAACAGCUCUAUGACUCCAGCUCAGUGCGCUGCCAAAUGUUCUUCUCUCUUCUUCCCCUUUUCUGGCACUGAGUUUGGCAAUGAAUGCUUCUGCAGUCAGUCUGCGCCAAUUUCUACAUCGACUCAGUGCAACAAGCCUUGUGCUGGUAACUUGGGUUUGAUCUGCGGUGGUCCUGAUGCCUUGACAGUAUUCCAAGACACAAGCGUCUCGCCAGCUGUACCUCCUACAUGCCCAGGGCUGCCUUCUGCUUUUGUAGCCUGCACUGAGGGUCAACGCGUUAGUGGCGGCAAGUGCGUCAGUGACUGACCAUCUUACUGAUCUCUGAGCUUACAUCCUUCUUUCCCUGUCUCGGCUUUCGAUUUGCUGUCUGCCUUUGACCGCGCCAUUUGCCAUUGGACCUGUGCUGUUACUUUCAUAGAGUAUCAUGGCAGUGUAUAGUGUAUUCGGAUCAUGUAGCUGUGGAAGGCCUAUCUUGACCUUCCUACCACUCAAUUUGAACACGGACUGGUCCCUGGUUAAAUCGCUUAAAAUCUUGAUCUCUCGUCCCAUCUCGUCGCAUUUCUGUGCGCGAGCUCGAGCAUGAAGCUUGAAAGUAGUCCGUUUAAAUUGGCCCCUCCGCGCGGACUACUAUGGAGUAGAGCCUAGAGCUAUGGGCGCAGAUCAAUGCUCACGGCUCGUUCUCAUGCUCCUGU